CCAGAACUACCCUUCCCGUGAGGCCCCGCGCGGCGGGCUGCAUGGAGGGCCGCGUGGCGGAGCGGCUCCGCGGCGCGCUGGGCCCCUUCGGCUUCGAGGUGCACGCCUUCAAGGUGGGAUGGUACAAUGCUGUUCUCCAGCCGGCCUUUCAUCUCCCCUACCCAGAUGACACACUGGCCUUCGUUGUCCUCAGCACUCCUUCGAUGUUUGACAAAGCCCUUAAACCUUUUGUGAACAAAGAACGGUUAAAAAUCAUCCGGGAUCCUGUGGAUCAGUGUGUUUCUCAUCAUUUGUCAGGUGUGAAGGAGAAAUUCCCUGACCAGAAAGUGGAUAUCAUCUUUGAUUAUGAGAUCCUGCCAAGCCGAAAGCCCAAGUUCUUGGCACAAACAGCUGCCCAUGUUGCUGGAGCUGCAUAUUACUACCAGAGAAAGGAUGUGAAGCUUGAUCGUUGGGGGAAAAAGAAGAUCUAUGGCGUGUGUAUUCAUCCCAAGUAUGGCGGCUGGUUUGCUAUCCGAGGUCUCCUCCUGUUCCCAGAUAUUCAGGUCCCAUUCCUGCAACAGUCUGCCCCUGUUGACUGUGUGAGCACACAGGAGAAGAGAACUGAAUUGCUGGAGCAGUUCAAUUUCCACUGGCAGGACGGCCGCUACAGGGACAUAAUUGAAGUGAAGGAAAGGUACUCAGAGGAGCAGAAAGCCUACUUUGCCACUCCCCCAGCAGAAAGAUUCAGACUGCUAGGGCUGACACGUUUCACAGAGUAAAGCGGUUCCACGAAGGGGCUGGGCACAAGCAAAGUGUAACUCCCCAGCACCUACUUAUCCGUGGUGCUGAGGAGGAAGGUGUGCUGAUACAGAGAGUGCAAAUCCGAGCAUUGCGGACCGUGUCUCAGUCCAAACAUCAGCUUCUCAGAGUUGAGAGGGAGCACUGCAUUGUAGCUCUUAAGGUCUCGAGGAAGGUGGAAGCAGUCUGUUCCCUGCUGUUGCUGAGUUGGUAGGUAUUUUUGGGAGCCUGGUUAAGAUACCCACUAGUUGUUGGUUUGGCAAAGUUCAGAAACCUUGGCAAUUAGGAAAAUCAUGCCGCUCAUUGGAAAAGUUAUGUUUUUCUCAAGAAUUUUCUUUCCUAAUAUUUUGGUUUUACUCUGUAUAAGAGUGAAAAAGUUUAUUUCAGAACACAAUGAAUAAAAUUAUUUCUUUUGGUCUGAACUCAGAGCAGAUACUUUUAGAUGCAUCCAGGAUUUUCUUACCCUGUGUCAUAUCUCUCCCUAGAGAAUACAUGUUCAGUCCUCAGAAAAAAAGGUUUUUUUCUACAUUCCUUCACUUGUAAUGAAUCUGGCUUAAAUUAGUUAAUAAAACUUUUCUGAAUUCCUUAACCUGGAAAGAAAAUUCUCCAGAGAGAGUUUCACUGAGUGGCAUGGUCCUGUGCUGGAAGCAGAAGUAAGCAAAACACAGCCAACAGCAGCCUCCUUUUUCACAGUAGUUAUGAAAGGGAAAGGGACAGUGUAAAGGUCGUAGCUUGAGUCUGAUACAUUUCCUCUUCACUCAGGGUCAGCUUCUCAGAACAAGGUGGAGUCCUUAGGUCAAUUUUGAAGCACUUACCAUACAACAGCCUACUAAAAACCUGGAAAAGAUACUGAAUAAUGGCUAUGAGUGGAAUUUUUACUCACAUUAAGAUAACUAACUGAAAAAGUCAGUUCUCAUGACCUUUUCCUAAGGUAGAUGAGGUUUGAAUUUAAAAUAUUUUCCAGUGCUAUGCCAGCAACACCACAGUUUUAAAACUCUAGUUUCCUGUUGUAGUUCCUAUAUGAAGGAGAUCAUAAACUUGCACACAUCUGAAAGCCGCUACACAAAGCAUUGUUGCACUCAGAGACAAGCAGAUAAAAAGGGGGAAAAUAUUCAUGACUUUCACAUUACAUACGUUGCUGGUUAACACAGCUUCAGAGAGCAACAACUUCUUUAGAUGACGGUUCUGUUAAAUUUGUUCAUAGGUCACAGUGGCAGGGGAGUUUGGGAAUUAAUUUACCUUUUAGCAUGCACUUUGAGGCUUACACCUCAUUAAAAUAAUACAUUGUAAUAAACGAAAAGAAUGUUUUGUGGAAGUCCUGUUACUUGACUGUAGUGCAAUGUUGCAAAUUGCUAAGCACUUUUUCCCUUUCCCUGAUACCAACAUAAUUAUAAAAAACCAUUCACUUUGCAGAACUGAGCCCUUUCUUUCUAUCUUGUGUUGUGGUUCUUCAUCCCUUUUGGAGACCCAAACACUGAAGUUGCCCGAACAGUAAAUCGCUGCUUGAUUCAAAAUCAAGAUUCAGCAUAACAAGUUUGUUUUUCUCUAAACAGAGUAGUGAGCAUGUGAUCACCGAUUGUUCAGUGUAUUUGCUGUUACAAAAAUGUUUGUUAUUUUCCAUGCUUUGUUCAGCUGCCUUACUAUGUGAUAGUGGUAUUGUGAUUUUUAAGUCAGACAAAAUAAUUGUUUAAAUUAUUGUUUAAAAUAAUUGCUUAAAUUCUGUUCAUUAUAGAAUUACUGCUGGUUGAAAUGUUGGUUAACCUUCCGGAACUUCCAAAAAUCAUUACGAAGUACUGAUUCUCUUAGAAGGAUAAAUACAAAACAGAAUUGGAUUUUUCUUUUCACAUGACAAUUUAAAGUAAAAUUGGGGGUUGUUUUCUUACAAAUAUUUAGUAUUUUGUCUUAGUUCACGCCUUAAACAUUACCAUAGUCAUUUCAUUACAAUUUUUUGUAAUUUAUUUCUCUUCAUAUGGUAUUUUGGUUAAUAAAAUGUACAAUAAAUUUGUAAGUAAUCCUGAGAACUGAGUAUUUUUAUUUAAGCUAGGCAAUGAUUAAUUUGUGGAGAGCUGAGGAUGUCAAAGUGAGAAUUGAUCGCCAUGUUUUUAACAUACUGAAAGUAUUGAUCUACAUAGGACAGACAAAAGCCAGC